AUGCUUGCAUCCUUGCGCAGAUUGACCGUGAUAGGACUAGAUUCACCAAGACAAUUGGAGUCACUCUUUUCUUGGUUUGGAGGCAUCAAGAACCUGAGAAGCUUGGAGUUCGACUUCUGCGACUUGUCCAUGACAAUACCUUCAUCCAUUGGAAAUCUCAAAAACUUAACAAGUUUAGUCAUUUCUGGGAGCAAGCUCACAACACAAACAUUAUCAUCAGUUACCAAUAUUAUAAACCUGAAAUUUCUCAAAAUCGAGUACAAUGAUGGCCUUGCUAUUCCAUCUGCUAUUGGGAAUAUGACUAACUUGGAAAGAUUGCACAUCCUGAAUUGUUGGAGUUCUCGGCCAAUAGGCCCAAUACCACAUGAAGUUGGCGCACUGAAGAAGCUGGAAUCACUAGUACUACGUUCUAUGGGUCUUUCUGGCAGAAUACCAAGUACAAUUGCUAAUUUGACUCAGCUGAUUGAGCUGCAUCUUAACGAAAAUUAUCUCAGUGGAGAAAUCCCAGCAUCUCUUUUCAUUCUUCCAAAGCUUGGCUACUUAGAUCUUUCACAAAACCAACUUUCUGGUCCCAUACAUGAAUUCGAUGGAGCAUGUUCAUGCUUGAGGUUUGUAUACUUGGAAAUGAAUAAUUUGACAGGGCAGAUUCCCCAAUCAUUGUUGGUACUCCCAAAUUUGACGAAACUCGAUAUUGAGGGCAACAACUUAAUGGGCUCAGUGGAUCUUGCAUCACUAUGGGGAGAGAAGCUCACUUCUUUAUUUCUUUCAUACAAUAAGCUGACUGUAAUAGAAGGGGAGGAUACUAACAAUUCUUCAUCUACCUAUCCCCAUCAGCUUAUGGACAUAGGACUUGCUAGUUGCAAUAUGACAAAAAUACCAAAGUUAUUAAUGCAUGCCAAAUAUGUGACUUAUCUAGACCUUUCAAGUAAUAAAAUCAGUGGGGAUAUACCAAGUUGGAUAUGGGGUAGAUGGAAUUAUAGCCUCAAGUGGAUAAGUCUUUCAGACAACAUGUUCACUGGUAUGGAACUCAAUUCAUAUGUUAUCCCAUUCAGUAAUACCUUGUAUAGUUUCAAUCUUAGCUUCAACAGGCUUCAAGGAUCGAUUCCUAUGCCAUACCCAUCGGCUCAAUUAUUGGAUUAUUCAAAUAACAGUUUCUCUUCCCUUCUUCCAAACUUCACGUUAUACCUUAGCUACAAUGCGUAUCUUAUGUUGUCACACAAUAAUAUAAGUGGUUAUUUGCCACGUUCAAUUUGCCAUUCACCUUUGAAUGUCCUUGACUUAUCGUAUAACAACUUUAGCGGACCGUUACCACAAUGCUUGAUGGAAAAUACAUUUUUGACAAUAAUAAAUUUGAGGGAGAAUCAAUUCAAUGGGAUGCUACCUUCCAAUAUUUCUAUUGGAUGUCAUGUCGAAACAAUAAAUUUGAAUGGCAAUAAGAUUGAAGGUCAGCUUCCAAGGACACUCUAUAGUUGCACUAACUUAGAGGUUCUUGACCUCGGAAGGAAUCAAAUUGCAGACACUUUUCCAUCCUGGCUAGGGGGACUUUUGAAUCUUCGUGUACUUGUCUUGAGAUCCAACAAGUUCCAUGGUUCAAUAGGUCAUCUUGAAGAUGAAAAAUACAGAGGACGACCCUUCUCUAGCUUGCAAAUCAUUGAUCUGGCCUCAAACAAUUUCUCUGGAAAAUUGCAUCCGCAAUGGUUUGAAAAUUUGAAAUCAAUGAAGCAAUAUGACAAUAGAGGACAGAUAAUAGAUCAUACAGUCAUACCGAGACUUUACCAAGACUCUAUCACAAUAUCAUGCAAAGGGCAUCCCAUGACCUUUGAAAGGAUCUUAACUACCUUAACUGCAAUAGACAUAUCAGAGAAUGCACUGGAAGGAAGCAUUCCUACUUCGAUUGGAAAUCUGCAUUCACUACGUCUACUAAACAUGUCUCAUAAUGUCUUCACUGGAAAAAUUCCACCCCAACUUGGUAGCAUAACUGCUCUGGAAUCCCUGGACCUGUCUUCCAACAUGCUAUCAGGUGAGAUUCCGCAAGAGUUAACUGAUCUCACCUUCCUUAGCACCUUGAAUUUGAGCAAUAACCAAUUGGAUGGAAGAAUACCACAAUCACAUCAAUUCGACACGUUCCAGGAGAGCUCAUUUGAUGGCAACGCAGGACUCUGUGGACCCCCUCUAUCCAAAAAAUGUGGCCCUUCGGAUAUUCCAAGUGAAAGACAUCUGAAAAACUCCUCUCAUGGUGUCGAUGUUGUUUUGUUUCUCUUUGCUGGUGUGGGCUUUGGAGUGGGAUUUGCAGCAGCUAUUGUAUUGAAACUGGAUUAUUGGAUCAGCAGGUGGUUCCAUAUUUUCAGGAUUCUAUGUUGA